AUGUGCAGGAUUGUAGCUAUUGCCUCCACCUUAUCACCUCACCAUUUUCUCACCCUCACUCUCACUCUCCUCCUCUGCACAGCAAAUGACCCCCAAGUCCUCGCCAGGAACCCUCCAGAAUCUGGCACACCCACCGAAAGCACGCUGGAUACCGGUCCAAAUUCCGGCAAAAAGCUCUUCUGCCACCCCAUUUACAGCUUCCUCUUCAAAACCUGCGCUGUCACCGGAGUAAGCCGACCACCAUUCCUCAUCACACCGCCUACAUACACUCUGCAAGCUCCCACCUUAAAACCAAGCUCUGUCUAUUUUUAUGUAUUCCCAUUCCCCCGCUCCCCGGUUCCUCUAACAACUCAGCUUCCACCACCUCCGGCGCUGCCCCUGCCUAUCGGAACUCCGCCACCUCCUCCACUGCCUCUCGCUGUCGGAACACCACCUCCACUGCCUGUCACAAGUAUCACGCCACCUGUUCUUGGGCCACCAUUCAUUUAUAGCACACUACUUCCGCCUCCUGUGACUGUUUCUUCUGCUUAUUCUCCACCACCUCCUCAGCUUCCUUUUCCACCUGCUUUGCCGGUGGUUUACCAAACGCCAGUUCAACUUCCGUCAGUAGCUCCCCCGUUACUAUAUAUCCCAACUAUUCUUCCUCCCCCACCUCCGUCUCUGUCGCCGCCUCUCUUGCCUCCACCUCCGCCACCGGUUCUUCCUGACGUUCUCCCACCUGCACCAGCAAUAUAUCAAGCACCGCCUUUUACAUCUGUUCCACCAUCACCACCAUCUACCACCUCACUUCCACCAUCUCCACCAAUUCCUUACACACUUCCUGCACCAGCAGUUGUGUCUUUCUCACCACCACCACCACUACUAUAUUCUCUGCCUCCCCCAUCAGUCCUGCCGCCGCCACCACCAUCGCUGCCUUACAUAUUGCCCCCACCGGCGGCUGCAGCAAGUCUUCCACCGCCCCUCCCUUAUGUUCUGCCACCACCCACAGCAACAGAAGCUUCACUUUCACCACCAUUACCUUAUGUUCCGUCUCCACCUUUGCCUCCCUCUCUGCUGCCGCCGGUGCCAUACUUGCCAUACGUAUUACCACCACCUCCACCGCCAGUGCCAUCCUUGCCUUAUGUAUUACCACCACCUCCACCGCCCGUGCCAUCCUUGCCAUACGUAUUACCACCACCUCCAUCGCCCGUGCCAUCCUUGCCAUACGUAUUACCACCACCUCCACCGCCAGUGUCGUCGCUGCCAUAUGUCUUGCCUCCACCGGUAACACCACUUCCAUAUGUGUUCCCACCGCCGGUGGCGCCGCUUCAAUAUUCUUUGCCGCCGCCGGCCGUAGGCUGAGAAGCCAGACCCUACAACUGCGACCAUUAAGGGAGGAGUUAGUGCUGAUACUGCCGGAAAGUGCCUGAAGUCCACUGGACCCAUUUAAGUUCCUUGGGCCGUGCUGUCAGACGAUUAGGGUGGAAUUUAUUGAUAUUAUUAUUAUUUUAUUAGGUUAUGUUCUUGUAUAGCGGCUUGUAAGAAGGAUAUUUUAAUUGCUACUACAUGGUAACAAUGUAAUAUGUAACAAGUUGCCUUCGAGGUGCAAUAAUAGUAGCUGC